AUGACGGACAUAGCACUCUCCAAAAUCGCCAAUCUCAUCAAGGUCGAGGAUGACUUGGUCAAAGUGGCCUCGCUAAGGCAGCAGUUCAUAAAGGAAAAGGCCUCAAUUGAUUUGAAGCUCAGUACCACCACCCAACUCCAAAUCGACUCCAUUAUGACCAACCUCUCCCGGCUCAACAACGCUGCGCUCAAGCUCAACACCAUCAAGCAGAACAUUGGCACCAUUAACCAGGUGCACGACGACUCCAUUACCAACAUCAAAGACUACGCCACCAUCAAGAAAAUGACCCAGGUCAACCAGUUCAUGGCCCAGGUCAUGGACCUCUACCGAGACAUCUCCCAGUUCAAGACAUUUUUGGACCGUCUUAACAGGAUGAUUGCCGAGGAGACUAAAGCCAUCCAGGACAGCUUGGUGUAUCGACUCAACAACUUCUUCACCAUUCAUUACCUUUUGACCCAGGCGAGAAACUUCCAGGACUACUUAGAAUUAGAUACCACCAGCAUAUCCGACGACUUGCAGUCCAUCAUCCAGCGUAUCGUCAACCCCAUCAAGAAAAGCAUCCGUCUCUUCGACGAAUUGUUGGUGGAAAUCAUCACUUCGUUGACGGAAUCUGUCAAAGACGGUAACAUCGAGCUUAUUUUCAAGUUAGUUAAAGUCAUCGAAUUCGAAACCACCGAAGAUACGAAGUUCACGCUAAUGGAGAGCCUUGGGCUCAAUUCUCAGAGGGACUUGAAGAGCAUAAAUUACUCCAACUUUAGAGGGGCCCGUAGAAACUAUAAGAAGUUUUUUUACGACAAGUUGGAAGAGAGUCUUGACGAGACAUUCAACGGGUGUAUCGACCAUUUUGCACACGAUAAGAUGGCUGUGUAUGAUAAUCUCGAGUGGCUCGAAGAUGAGUUGCUAUUUGUCAACGAAAAGUUGAAUCCUUUAUUUCCAAAUACUUGGGAAAUUAGUUCGUUCAUCCAAAACGUGUACUAUAACAGAUUGCACAAGUUCACCAUGGAAGUCAUCAAAACAGAUCCCCCUGCUGAAGAUUUGAUGAGAAUCUUAUCGUAUGACUCCCAUUAUGGUAAAUUCAUGACUCAAUUACAGACUGCAUCCAACAGAAAGUCCGUUAUCAAGAAGGACCAAAAGUCCAUUAUUGGCGAAGACCUAAAGAACUUGGUGUUGGAAGACUACCUCAAGGUCAUUACUAUCAAGAUGGAAGAAUGGAAUCAAAACUUGAUAAAGCAAGAGACUAAGGCCUUCCACGAUCGUGAGUCGCCUCCAGACGUUUACAACUACCACCAAGUUAUUGAAGAUUUGGAUGCUAAUGACGAAAUCAUCAGCUUAGAAGUGGAUACAGAUGUGUUUGUUUUACCUGAUUUCAAGACUCCGUUGACGAUGCUCAAGGAACAAUCAGAUGUGGCUGCAGACUCGGGAUACUCCAAGAUUUUGGUGGGUGUUAUAGAGAAUUGGUCAAGGGGCUACAACGUGAGAAUCGAAAAUUACCGUACCAUAAUAGAGGAGGAAUAUUUGAGAUACAUGGCAGCGUACAACAACGAUAAAUACUUGGUGACUCAAAGUAAGCUCAGAAGAAUGUUCAAGAGAACCCCACAAGAAACCAAUAUCGAUAUUGAUAAUAUGACUCCUGACGAGUUGGCUACUAUUUCGAAACCCGGUUUCAUCGAAUAUUUGACUGCAUUGGGUAAUACUUUCGAACUCAACACCGAUAGAUUACAAGACAAAUUCUUACCUUUCUACAAGGACAAAGUGCAUGCCAACUACCAUGACAGAAUUAUUAAGGCUUUUGAAGAUACAUUGAAUCCAAGCACUGAGUUAAUUUCGCAAAUCAUCAGGCACAUUGUGGAAAUUAUUGUCAACGACUUGUUCCCUGCAUUAUCUGCUGUGUUCACCAAAUCGUGGUACGAGGAUGGAAAUGCCACUACCAAUAAUGACAGUAUAGCUAUGGCCACCAAAAUCGUGGAAACAAUCGGGGAGUACAUGGAGGAACUCAGAAGCUACACUUCGUAUGAUAUUUACCAAGUCACGUUCAACAUCUUGUUGGAUACCUUUAUUGCAUCUUACAUCAAGUUUGGAUAUGCUAACGUCUUGAAGGGAGACGGAAAGAAAAUUGAUCCAAAUGCCACCAAGAAGUACAAGUCGUUUGCUGAGGCCAUCUCCAGGGAUACAACCAUAUUUUAUGGAAGCUUAGAGCCUUUGUUGACCAGGAAGGAUCGUGAGUACUUGUUCAGCAGCUUGAGUGCCCUCGAAUUCAUGAGUGACUUAGCCACUUGCGAGCAACCAAUGAAGGUGAUUCCUCAGAUCUGGGAAAACGACAUCCUUAAUGUAUUUUACUACUGUUCUGUGGAUUACGUGAAGGGAAUUUGCUUGUGUCGUAAAGACAUGGACAAGUCGCAAGUCAACGAGUUGAUUCCAAUUUUGGAGGAGAUCAAGAAGAAUCACCAUCUCAACGUGGAACCACCAACUCUUCCUAUUGGUGCCUUGACCGACUUUCUGUAUGAAUCAUGA